AUGGCUCCCAAACAAGACAACGCACCCGAAGGCCCGCAUCUGCUCUUCAUCAACUCCACCGGCUCAGCCCGCGGCAGGCCCCGAGACGCACAGACGAAGCGCCAGAUCCGGCAGCACGUCAUGCGUGACAUUGGCAAGGCGCGCCGGAAGCCGCCGCGGAACCCGCAGGUGAAGCUGCGAGUGCGGUCCGCGGCAGCAGAAUCACAGGCACAAGCAGAAGCAGAAGCACAAGCUGAUACAUUAAUGACGCCUCCAUCAUCAUCAGCAGCAGCAGCAGCAAGGCCAGCUGUAUCAGCAACGUCAGGGGCAUCAACUUCAUCUCCCUCAUCUCCUCCUGUCAAAGUGUCCUUCUUACAAGCACAGAGUAAUCUUCAAGCUCAGCCUCAAUCACAUAUGCAGCUACAACCGCAGUCUCAAUCCAACACAUGCGGCACCCCCGUCCACCCCCUCCCGCCUCUCACGCGUCCCUUUUGGGACCAACAUCCUCUCGCCAUCCUAGAGCACAACUGGGCAAUGGACGCCUUCGCAGCAUAUGGCCUGGCCCUAGCAGUCGCCUGGAACUCGUCCCUCACUAACUCCCGCAAAUCCCGCUUCUGGUUCCCCUUCGCCUUCAAAGCCUCCACCUUCUGCCGCAACUACCUCACCGGCCCCGAGGUCCGCACCGCCAUCCACUCCCAGCCCACGGAGAAGAGCAUCAUCUUUGCCCUGGCCCGCUCUACCGAGAUUGUGUCGUGCAUCGAGACGAAACUACGGAAUCCCGACAUUACCGUUGCGACGGCAGACGACGUGAUACGCGCCGUCAUGGGCUGCAUCUGCUACAAUAAACCCCGCUUCCCACUCCCAUCAAAGCUCCUCCCCCCUAUCGUCCCCCGUCACCACCACUCCCACGAGAUCCUCACCCCCCUACCCUACCACCUCAUCAACCUCUGCCCCAGCCACGAAACCCACCAUCUCAUCGUCGUCUCCGCCCUCCGCGACAUCGGCAGCCUCACCGAAGUCAUCCAAGCCAAGCACGACGCCCGGGGCGAGGACCUCUGGAAGGAGGAACUCUUCCUCGGCACCCGCCUCAACCCCAUCGCCUACCGCCUCCUCGAUUCUCCGUCUCAUCCGCACGCGAGCAUGGACUUGCCCUGCUGCUUCACCGAGGCUCUUCGUCUGGGGGCGCUGCUCUGGAUCCUCGGCGUCAAACAAAAGGCGCAAGCGUUCCCGGGAUCGCCAGCCCUAUACGUCAGCCGCCUGCUGCGCCUCCUGCAAAGCUAUAGCGUCAGGAGCCUUGUCUCGACAACGCCCUACUUCAUCCCUUUCCAGUUCUGGCUUCUAGUUCUCUGCGCAACCAUGUCGGAACUCUCCUUCGAAAGGGACCCUGCCCUGAGAAUGAUUGCUCAAAUGAUGAACGAGUAUGAAUGGGGGUGGGAGCAGGUCAUGGCAAACGUAGAGCAACUCCCCUGGAUAAGCGGUUUCGAAGCUCAUGUCCCUCCUCUGUCUGCCGAGGUUGAGGUGCUGCGAGGCAUGGCAUGA